AUGGCGACACCACUGAUAGCAUGGGCACUUCCACGCCUUCAGCAAAUUCUGCCACUGGACGAUGAGUCGCUGAAGCAAGUCAUCGCCUACGCCGAAACAUUACCCAAAGAGGCUGCGGCAGAACAUUUAAAGAACCUCCUCGGCGACGAUGCGAAAAGUCUGGAAUUCAUUUCGAGCUUCAAUCUACGGCGAGGAAAUGUACCGGCGUCGACGACGAGUCUCGCAUCGAAUGGUGGGAAUGCGGCGGCGUCAUCGUCAGAAGCACCAGCACGCAAACCGAGACAGCCGAAGAAGAAACCUAAUAUUCAUGCAUUGCCCGCGAGGAGAGUGGAAGGGAGUGGAAACGUCACGGGCGCAUAUCAGAGACCUGCGGAGGACUCGUACAUGCCCGCGGCGACUUCACGCCAGCAGAGCCACAAGGACCAAGUGGCGGAUAACCUCGCACUACGGCAACGCCGACCAGAUGCGACACAAAUGCCACUGAUCACCGACGAUGCGUCUCUCACCACGAAGCCGAUUACUUCAAAGCCACCUCCUUCAGCUUCCGGACCGUUGAUCUCGGAUGGACUGGCUCCGAAAAAGAAGAAUCCCUCCACGCAAUCGUCAAGAAAUGCUUCACCAGCGCCCAAGACGAAAGUGAACAUCUCUGGUGGAAUGGCCAUGCACGGCGCAAGCACAGCAUUAUCAGACCUAGACUCCGCGAUUCGCAGUCUAGAACUUCAGACCAAUCCGACGUUAUCCACCUCCACUCCCGCCGACAACGACAAGCGGAAAUGCAACUGCAUGGCCACUCGCCAUCCUCUCCUCGACAUGGCGCCCAACUGCCUCGAUUGCGGCAAAGUCAUCUGCGUCAAAGAAGGUCUUGGGCCCUGUACCUUCUGCGGCGCUGCGCUGCUCUCUACCGACGAGGUGCACAAAGUGCUGAAAGUGCUAAAGGAAGAACGUGGCGACGAGAAAAUGAAAUUGAACAACGCCUCGCAUCGUCGAGCGGAUGUUGCGCAAGGUAAACCUCGCGCUUUUACAGGUCGAGACUUCCUCGCGCAGGCGUCUUCUUCAAAUCGACCUUCGCCACUAUCGAGUACUGCCCCGUCUCCGAUGACUUCAGACGACGACGAAGCGACGAACAAAGCGAAAGCUCACCGCGAUAGAUUGCUAAAUUUCCAAGCGAAUAAUGCAAGGAGAACGCAAAUUCACGAUGAAGCGGCGGACUUUGAUGUUCCUACAAGUGGCACGAAUAUGUGGGCUUCACCGGUCGAGCGAGCGAAGCAAUUGAAGCGUCAGCAGAAGGUGAUGAGAGAAAUGGAGUGGAAUGCCAAGCCGGAGUGGGAAAAGAGACAGGUUGUGGCGAGUAUUGAUCUCGUGGGAGGGAGGGUGGUGAAGAGGAUGAAAGAGGUGGAGAGGCCGGACUUUGAGGUCGAAGGUGAGGGUGAGGAUGAUGGAGAGGGGUACAAGCAGAUGGUUCCGGAAGGUGGAGAUGGGAAUAGUGGUGGAGCGUUCAGUAAUAAUCCUCUGGCAGCUGGACUCAUUCGGCCGAUGGCGAGGGAAGGUGGUGGCGAUGGGAAGGGCAGGAAGGAGAGGGAGGAGAGGAGCACGACUUGGAGGAGAGUGCAGAUGGAUGAGGACGAUAAUGAGCAAUGGAUUUUGGACGGUGGGGUUUAUGGUGGAAACACGUCGAUGGAGAGUACGGCGGGUGAUGAGCCUGCUUGA